AUGAGCGAUAGAAAGAGAAAGCUCGAGGCACUUGCUGCUGGACGACGUGGCGGAAAGGAGGAUGAAGAAAAUCGCCCUACUUCUAAGAAGCAAGCAGUUGAGGAUGCAGCUGAAGAGCGCCGCCGACAGGAAAAGUAUAAGACCGGGGAUGGAUUUGUCGUUGGCUCUGAUGACGAAGAAGAAGAAGAAGAAGAUGAUGACGAUGAUGAUGAAGACGUCGAUGAUGACGAUGAAGACGACUUUAGCGAUGAUGACAGAAAAAAAUCCAAGAAGUCGAAAAAACCUAGCAAGCCUGUCAAAGCUAGCAAGCCAAGCAAACCAAGCAAACCCGCCAGCAAGCCUAGUAAAUCCAAGAGUAAAAAGCGUGGCAGUGAUGAAGAAUCAGGCGAAGAAGCAUCUGAUGUGUCGGAUGAUGAAUUGGAGUUUUUGGAUAAAUCUGUUAUCAUCUCUACCGGUCGACGCACCCGUGGAAAGAAGAUUGAUUACACACAAUUCGGAGCAGAUGAGGAUGAGGACGAGGAAUAG